AUGACCAUAGUCUCAAAUGAUCCCACUUUGUGGCCGUUCAUCAAUGCAUAUCGUUGUUCCAGCUAUUUUGGAGUUGCCGCCUUUGUUGUAAUGUCAUAUGAUUGGGCACUCACAUUCGGACAAGAGGUUGAACUCAUCUGGAGGCAACGCUGGUCCCUAAUGACAGUGAUGUAUCUCAGUGUGCGCUACCUUGGAAUCCUAGUUGCUGUCCUGGAUAUCCUGAUCGGUAUUCCGACCAUCUUGCUGACAGAUACAACUUCAGGAGAGGAACUCGUUCUCUCCGGCACCUACCAGUGCACAAUUGGCUAUACAGGAGAUACCCCCGUUCUGGAUUCUGUUUUGUGGAUAAUCUUCAUUGUUUGGGAGGUCCUCACACUAUGUCUCGCAGUCUGGAUUGGGGUAAAACACUUCCGUGAACUGCGAUUACAUUCAGCAGGAGAGAUUAUCGGGGACUUUUUUAUGGUGUUGAUGAAAACUCACGUGGUUUACUUUGCGAACUUUGUUGCUGUCUCUUGCUUCGAGCUCAUUAUUGAAUUCUCUCCCACAUCAUCAACGAUCCUAGAAGAUCAGACUUUGUCUGGCUCGUUUGAGAUUUUGAUGGUCGUGCAGAUGUUCGUGCUAGGACCACGGCUGAUCCUUGGCAUUCGAGAAUAUAAUGCUGAACUUGUGGCUGACUCUGACGCAGCAACCGGCAUGACCUCAAUCGCUUUCCAAGACCCCCUUGUUCGCCUAACAAUGUACGGGGCACAGCGCCGCCCUAGCGGUGCUCCAGAAAAUCAGCCAAUGAACGACACGAACUCGAAUCCAUACCAGUUUGGUUCCCCAGGCCACGACUCAAACCCGAGUCCAUACCAGUUUCCACCUCUACUGACUCCUGGAACCCCGCUAUCGAAUGCUGGCGGUCAUGUGCUGCCACAGGUGGAUGAUUUUUUCAGUCGACCGCCUCAGGCUGGUGAAGCCGCAAAGCCGCCGGCGCAGGAAUAUUGA